AUGGGAAAAAAGGACCGUCGAGCAAAUCAGAAGGGAUCAACACGGCAACAAAAUGGCCACCCAUUCGUCACGGAUUCUCUUGUCAAUACCAUCCUGAAUAGAGGUGGCUUACCUGAUCAUCUGAAAUCUUUCGGUGCACUACAAACGUACCUGAAGCAAGUCUUUCCAGGAGAUGUGGCACUCCAAGCUUUCUUUCAAUCUCUAGCCAAAGGUCUCGAGGGAGGCUGCAACAUGUCCGAAGAAGUUGUCUUCUUGGUGUUGAAAGCAGGUGCAGACGUCAACGCAAUUCUGCAAACCAAUCAGACCACUGCUCUCUUUUCUGCUGUCAAAUACGCUUCUCUAAAUACUGUCGACAUGCUUCUCCAAGUUGGUGCCAAUAUUCACCAAUGCGACUGUUUUGGUCGAACAUGUCUUCACAAUGCCCUGGAACAUCCCAAACCGGCCGUGAUUCGUCGCUUGUUGGAGUAUCUCCCUGCAACUGAAAUGAUUGAUUCAUCUAAUGGGAAAGCAAAACUUUUCAUCUCAAUGGCCGAUGUAUUGCUUGGAUUCGCUACGAGUACCUCACUCCCAGUGCCUUGGGUGAAUAUGGGUGUUCCCCCCCUCACAGAAGACAUGUGCGAAGCCUUCGUGUUGAUUCGUCAAAAGGGCGCACGGCUUGCAGCGAAAGGAUCUGGUUAUUCGAUCAAAAUAAUCAGCGCUUCUAUCAAAUUCCCAACUCAUCCUCAGAUUCGGCAUCCCAAGUUGCUGCAGAAACUAGCGGCAGUUUUGGUAGGGACAUACAUUCCUGGAAAUUGCAGGCCCAAACCUGACGAGGCUGAAGUUUCCGAGACCAGUCAGGAACAAGAUCCAGAAUCCAAUGAGUGCCCAAUUUGUCUUGACAAUGUCAAGAAAAGUGUCACGUUGUAUUGCGGUCAUACAUUCUGUAGGCGAUGCAUUCUUGAACAUGGGAAAAGCGGGGUUGAAUGCCCAAUGUGUCGGGCACAACUUUGCCACGACGUGUCAACAAACGUCAGUAGUCUAGCCCCUCACAAUCUUAUGGGGAUCGACAAACAAGCUAUUGACAGACGUGGGCCCAAGUUUUUAACAAAUGAACAAGUGGACAAAGAGUCAAGAGCCCAAGGCAUCUACAGCUACUUUUCAUCGUACGCUUCCCUGCGGCAGAAGCUCGAAAGUGUCAUUGAAAAACGGUAG